CCUCCAUCUCCCCUCCUCCUCCCCUCUCCUUCGCCCUCGUCGUUGACGAGCGACACAUCUAGAGGCAACCUUUUCUCUCUGACCUUACUCCGAAGACUCGCCCUCGACAAAUAACGCUCUUUUCCGGACGUCUUCCUCGUAUCGUUCCCGUCCUCCACACACGAACAACGAGCGAUGGAUUACGACAGAUAUGAUGCCCUCCUUCACUACAUCUUCAAGCAGACCCAGGGUGAUGCCUGGUUCCGUCCCGAUGCCAAUGACGGUAUUGCAGCUGGCGUCGCCAUCAAAGACGACUCGAUGGAACCGGCAGAGUACAGGAUCUUCCCUUAUGAAGACAUAAGACUCGAGCCGUUCGAAGUCGCCGUUAGGGCAAUGAACCUUGUCGUCGCUGUCAAGGUGCGAAGUGCUGUCGCGCAUGCUGCUGUUGGUGAGGCUGGACACGACGACAAGAGUGUCUACGUGGAUUCGAACACACGCAUUCAGAUUGUUGAGACGAUGAUGAUGCUUCCACAUGCUGACCGGGAGCAACACGCCGCGUUCAUCCGCGACGAACGCGUCUUGGUCGUCUGGUCUGACUCUCUGGAGGCCAUCAUUCCGACAUGCAGCGACUUCGAAGAGCGCCUCAUCAAACUCCUUUGGCGCGGUCGUCCUGGAGUAGGCUCUCAGGUGUCAUCCGCGUCUCACCAUAACUCUUUCGCCGGAGACUCAGCGUCGGCUACCCAGUCUCUCGUCGGCAUCACUUCCGCUAGCUCUAAUUUCGGUGGACGGAACUCUGGCCGCGAUAUUGAAAAACAGGGGUACGGUGCAGGCGUGGUGACGAAGAGGACGGUGACGAAGAGGACGUGGUAUGGUAGGAAGUACACGAUGGAGGUGACGGAGAUUGAUGGCGUCGAUAUCGAGUCUCUUGGUCCCGAGAAGAGACCGGCAAUGCUCUAUGCGCCGGUUUAUAACGGAUUGUGUAUGGGUCUCUCAGCUGUGUGUAUUGGAGAUGGAAUCAAGAAUUUGUUGGUGGAGUUUAGGCAAGAUAACGGCUAUAUUCGGUUCGCACUAGCAGCGGUAAUGCCGCUUCUGUUCUGUGUAUCGCUCUUCUUCACGCUGCAGAUCGUUCAAAACAUCGCCAUGGUGGUCGGCCCGGUGGCUCAAUACCAUGAGAACACGAAGUACUAUUCCGCUGUCAAACCGCGGCCAAACAAGGAAGUCGACAACAACCUCCCUCACAUCACCAUCCAGAUGCCCGUCUACAAGGAGUCUCUCGAGGCUGUGCUUGCUCCCUCCAUUGCUUCGCUCAAGAAGGCCAUGCAAACAUACGCCAGGCAAGGUGGAACCUCGACCAUCUUCGUCAACGACGACGGCAUGCAGCUUCUUUCCGAGAAGGAACGUGCGGCGCGUCUGGCGUUCUAUGAUACGCACGGCAUUGGCUGGGUCGCCCGUCCAGGUCACGGUUCUGGCACCGAAGACGGCGGCGCUCCCUUCCUCCGUGCCGGGCGAUUCAAGAAAGCGUCCAACAUGAAUUAUGGACUUUCGCUCUCCCGUAAGGCCGAGCGUCAUCUCAUCGCACUCCGGGAGAAAGAACGUCUCGAGACGCAAAACAACUCUUCUGCCGAAGGAGGAUACUCUUACGCAGGCUCUGGUGAUCAUCAUGGCGAGGAAAUGCAGAUGGAUAUCGAGGAGAAGGCUUUGCAGAUGGCUGUGGAGCAGGUUUAUGAGGAGAGCGGGAGAAGACAUAAGCCGUGGGCUAAGGGCGGUAAAGCGUGUAGGAUGGGAGAGAUCAUUUUGAUCGUGGAUUCGGAUACGAUCGUGCCGGAGGAUUGCUUCAGGGAUGCGGCGAGGGAGAUGGCGGAGUGUCCAAUGGUUGGGGUCAUUCAGCAUGAGUCCGAUGUCAUGCAGGUCUCGCACAACUACUUCGAGAACGGUAUUGCAUACUUCACCAGGCGUAUCAACAAGUGUAUCUCCUUCGCUUGCUGCAACGGUGAAGUCGCUCCCUUCGUUGGUCACAAUGCUUUCCUCCGCUGGCAAGCCGUCCAGGACGCUUCCUUCAUCGACCCGGCUGACAAGCAAGAGAAGAUCUGGUCCGAGGCGCACGUAUCUGAGGAUUUCGACAUGGCGAUGAGGUUGCAACUUCGCGGGUACACGAUCCGUUGGGCGACUUAUUCGCUUGGUGGCUUCAAGGAGGGUGUGUCGCUGACCAUUGAUGACGAACUCAACCGUUGGCAGAAGUACUCGUAUGGUUGUUCAGAAUUGUUGUUCAACCCCUUCGUUCGCUGGUUCACCCGUGGCCCGAUCGCCAAACAAAUCCACAGGUUCAUCUGGUCCAACGCGCCUUUCCACUACAAGAUCUCCAUGUUGGCGUACAUGUUCUCAUAUUAUGGUAUCGCCUGCGCCAUCACCAUCACCACGAUGAACUACUUCCUCCUCGGGUGGGAAUUGCCUGUCGAUGACUACUAUAUCCACUCCUUCGAGAUUUGGCUGGCCACGACAGUCGUUUUCUUCGGUUCGGGUAACGUCGGGUACACGAUCCUUCAGUACCGUUUGGGCGAGAGGGAUCUUAUUUGGGGUUUCCUUGAGAAUAUCAAAUGGGUGCCGUUCUUCUUCUUCUUCUUCGGAGGUCUAUCCAUCCCGCUCUCGCAGGCCAUCCUUGCCCAUAUGUUCUCAUACAACAUCACAUGGGGCGCGACGAAGAAAGAAGUCGAGCGGUCGAAUUUCUUCAAGGAGAUCCCGAAGAUCUUGAAGAGGUUCUGGGUACAGCUCUCGAUCUCUAUCAUUCUCGUCGCAGGGAUGAUCAUCCUUUCGACAAGCCUCGUACCGCUGACGUGGAGGAUCGACGGGUCUUCGUGGGCUGUUGUCUUCCCGCUCGCGAUUGUGGUCUCUUGUCAUAUUCUCUUCCCGAUCGUGCUCAACCCGUGGUUGAUGGUUUUCUCCUACUAAAUACGGACUACUUUCUUUUCUCUCUGCCUCUUUAUCUCCUGCAUAUACUGUCCUUGUCGUUCUUCCUGUUGUCUAUGUCUCUGUCUCACCUGGAACCCUUUGUGCUUCACCUGUCCUGUAAAGCUUCCCUUCCCUCGCUGUCUGUUUGUGCCUGUCUUCGUUAUAUCAUACUGCCAUCACCCACGCCGUAGAUAUUUCUCGCACUCUGUUGUCACCAUGUAUACACUCUCAUUCACUACCUUCCUCUCGCUACUCACUCACUUUACAUAAAUCCUUUGCUGCUGCUCGAGAUCUGUAAACCGUGGUUCUCACCGUACGGACAAUAGUAGACCAUGUAUAUACCCAACCCUCACUCUCCGACCAUACUGCUCUCCUGCUGCUUGACAAUGCCCUCUCAGUUUUCCACAUUACCUACCUAUAUAACAACGGGCUCAC